UCACAGGCCCCGCCCCCCCCCCACAACCUCCUCAACGUGUGUAGCUCAGAAACAUGGCGGCCCUCAGAGCUUUGUGCACAGCGGAUAUCUUAUUCCUCAAAAACAUCUCAAGUCCCUGCAGAACCGAACUUAACCUCGCCAGCCACCAAUUGAGCAAGACCUGUGGCUGUUACUUUUCCACAUCCAGCCAGAGAACUUCACAGUUCUACUCGGAUCCUACAGAGGCAGUCAAAGAUAUCCCUAAUGGUGCCACCAUCCUGGUUGGAGGUUUUGGAUUAUGUGGCAUCCCAGAAAAUCUCAUCAACAGUUUACUGAAGACCGGUGUUAAAGGUCUCACUGCCGUCAGCAACAAUGCAGGAGUGGAUAACUUUGGCCUGGGCCUGCUGCUCCAGACUAAGCAGAUAAAGAGGAUGAUCUCCUCAUAUGUUGGAGAGAACGCAGAGUUUGAGCGACAGUAUCUGGCAGGGGAGUUGGAAGUGGAACUGACACCACAGGGCACUCUGGCAGAGAGGAUCAGGGCCGGAGGUGCUGGGAUUCCAGCCUUCUUCACAGCCACUGGCUAUGGCACACUUAUCCAAGAGGGAGGCUCUCCCAUCAAGUACAACAAAGAAGGCAGCAUUGCCAUCGCCAGUGAGAAGAGAGAGGUCCAGGAGUUCAAUGGCCGGCACUACAUUAUGGAAAAGGCCAUCACCGGAGACUUUGCAUUGAUCAAGGCAUGGAGGGCUGACAAGGCUGGAAACAUAGUUUUCAGGAAAACAUCCAGGAACUUCAAUCAGCCCAUGUGCAAGGCAGCCAAAACCACCAUAGUUGAGGUGGAAGAGGUGGUGGAUGUUGGGACCUUUGCUGCAGAGGACAUCCACAUACCCAGCAUCUAUGUCCACAGGGUCGUCCAGGGAGCCAGCUACGAGAAGAGGAUCGAGAAACGCACAGUAAAGAGAAGUCAAGAAGAGAAGCCCAAACCAAAGAAGGACUCAGAUAUUGUUCGCGAGCGGAUCAUUCGGCGGGCUGCUCUGGAGUUUGAGAAUGGGAUGUAUGCUAACCUCGGUAUUGGUAUCCCCAUGUUGGCCAGCAACUUUAUCAAACCAGACAUCACUGUGCACCUUCAAAGUGAAAAUGGAAUUUUGGGACUGGGGCCAUACCCCACUGAGGAUGCAGUGGAUGCAGACCUGAUCAACGCUGGAAAGGAGACUGUCACAGUGCUCCCCGGGGCUGCCUAUUUCUCCAGUGAUGAGUCAUUUGCCAUGAUCAGAGGCGGUCACAUCAACCUGACGAUGCUGGGAGCCAUGCAGGUGUCAAAACACGGAGACCUGGCCAACUGGAUGAUCCCUGGUAAAAUGGUAAAAGGAAUGGGAGGAGCCAUGGAUUUGGUGGCUAGCGCUGGAACCAAGGUGGUGGUCACCAUGGAGCACUCAGCAAAGGGAGGAAAACACAAGAUCUUGGACAAAUGCAGUCUGCCCCUGACGGGGAAACAGUGUGUGGAUCGUAUCAUCACAGAAAAGGCUGUGUUUGAUGUGGAUAAGACAAAAGGCCUGACUCUAAUAGAAGUGUGGAAGGGGAUCACUCCCGAGGAUAUCAAGGCAUGCACUGGCACAGAUUUUGAGGUGUCCCCCGAUCUGAGGGCCAUGCAGCAAAUCUAGAGGAGCUUGCAUAGUAUCUGAGAUGUGUUUUUGGUCUGGGUCACUUCACUUAUCGACAAUUUGGAGAGUUAGCAGCGUAAAUAAGCCUACAAACCAAAAAAGGCUUCAGUUCCAUGGUGAUUGCCAUGCAAAUAUCAACAGAAUUCAUGGGAGCCAAAUUGCAUAAAUCGUCGAUGUGAUCUGAUCAAACAAACGGUUUGGGAUCAUUACACUGUUGCCUGUUACACCAUCAAGUUAUAAACUCUGACUGAUUUAUAUUAACCAAAGUUAUGCAAUAAAUAUGUACUUCAAAUAUUUAAUCACAUUUACUGUAAGAUCAAUAAGUUACUAUACAAUGACAGAGAACUGAUAUGUAAAAAAACUAAAAAACAAAUGGAUGCUGUAGGUCAGAGGAUUUCUCAUUCAGCGAAAAGGGAAUUUGUAUGUAGUUGUUAAUGCGUCCAGUGUAAGAUAUUGUUUCUCCAUUUAGGAGAUAAGGUACAUGAAGGUAUGAUAAUAAUGGCAACCUGAUGCAUAAUGUCUACCUGUCAUUUUUUUUUCUGAGGUCUCAUAUUUGUCAGCUGUUGACUGUUGUUGAGUUGUCAUAUAUUUCAGCCAGAAAACAUGAAGCCUUAAGAUGUUUGACUCAGGCGUUUGCUGUCCCCCUGCCUUAAAAUAAAACACAUGUUUGUGUGCUCGGUG